AUGGCGCGAGAGCGCAAAAGAGAUACCUUUCUCCGUCUAUUCAGGUCCAAAGACCGACGACUGGCGGCUUCGCAAGCGGACGAUAGCAAGUCGGUCUCAUCUACCUCCGAGCUCGCACCCGCAGUGCUUUCAACACUUCGAGCGGGCACACCCGACCGAGCACCAUCAGAACAGGUUGAGAUACCGAACACGCAGCAGCAAGAGCCUGAAACGCCGAACGACGUGUGGGCUGCAGCUUUUCGGAAGUUCCAGGAGAGCGAUGGUGAUUUGGCCAUAGCUUACGCUAAGCUUCUCAACCCUACACAUGAGGAUGAUGCCACCAAAUUCGAUGUCAACUUUGUCGAGUCGACCGUCAAGAGGCUUGACAAAACGCGAGAAGAGAAGCAGUGGAAAGUUGCGUUUGCUGGAAGGAGUAUUCAUGUGCGCUCACAAGUUGAAAAGAUGGUGAAGUUCCUGCUCUGGGCAGACACUGUGGUGAAGCCUGCACUCAGCACUCAGCCAUACGCCGCGUUAGCAUGGUCGGCAGUUUCCAUCUUCCUGCCAAGCUGCACGAGGCGAUGA